AUGACCAAUGUUGAAAAAUUGUAUUAUUUGAUCAUCUACUUUGUAUUUCUUGAGUCAGGCUACAGUGAAAAUGGUGAACCAUAUGGUAUUGUUGUAUUAUUCACAAAUUAUCCACACAAAUACUCUUGUCACAUUCAUUGGAAGUUCAAUGGUGCCGUUUGGAGAAGCAAUGUUGAUUUUGGUAACUGGAUCAAAGAAUUAAUUGAAUUGAAAAAUGUUUACACAAAGAACCGUAACUUUAGACUACACGGCAAUACAAAAUACGGUAAAAAUUCAAAUCUUUAUUUGGAUGAAGGAUGCUAUGACACUGAUGAUGAAAUAAGAGACCACUAUAUCCCAUUGGAACACUUGAAAAUGGAUAAUAAAAAUAUUUUUCUUGCAUCUUUGAUAACCAACAUACCAAUUGUCCAUUGUGAUUCAAAGGUAUUAUCGUAUGAGUGUAUUGUCCAACAGAAGCAACAAACAUCGUCCUCACCACAACCAGUGGCAACACAGGAAAUAUCAGUGUCAUUGGGCGAUAAAACUAUACCAUCUGAUCAUUACGAAGGAAUUACAUCGAUACUUGAUGAAGUUGGAAAUAAAGAAUUUGGAAAGAAGUGCAACCACAGUGGUCGUAGAUGGCUCGGAAAAACAAAUUAG